AUGGCGGAUCACAGCGAGCCACCGUUACAGGCCUCCCGCCCUCCGCCAACGUCACGUCCGGCCGCGCUCUCAAUAUUUCCGCCCUUCUUUCAGGAUUGCCCUUACGUCAUUUCCGCCCUGCUGCCUGGGUCACCUCGUCUGUGCCCCGUGUUGGUGCUGGGAGCGGUUAGUGACGCUGCGGGGCGCGCCGCGCGUGAGGGCAGGGCAGGGGGCCUGGGUAGCAGGUCCCGUUCCGGGUCCUUGCGCACGUGGGCCCCUGCUGCGCGGAGAGCUGCGCCCCACAGGUCCCGACCCCCCGCUGCUGGCGUCCGCAGCGCAGGGCCUGGGACAGCGCCGGAGACGGUCACCAUGUCCCAAAAGCAGCGGGAUCUGCUGGAACUGGGGCGGCUUGAAUACUUACAAGCGCUGGUCACCGAGUUCCAGGUAACAGAGAGUCCAGGAAUUAGACAGCCCAGCCCAUUUCAGCUGCUGCUUUCUUCACCUAAAUGCUGCUUAUAUAUUGCAGAAGCCAAGGAGCAAGUACUGGCUAAUCUAGCCAACUUCGCCUAUGAUCCCAAGAACUAUGAAUAUCUCCGACAGCUUCAAGUCCUUGACCUGUUCCUGGAUAUGCUCACAGAGGACAAUGAGAUCCUUGUGGAGUUUGCAAUUGGUGGUCUUUGUAAUCUGUGUCUGGAUAAAACAAACAAGGACUAUAUUUUGGAGGCAGAUGGGGUGGCACCUGUAAUAAACUGCUUAUCCAGCUCAAAUGAGGAGACAGUGAUGUCAGCAGUGACUACUCUGAUGUACUUGACCACACCCCAGUCUCGCCAACAGACCACAGCGCUCCCGGUGGUGGAGUGCAUGCUACGUUUCUCCCUCUCAGCUAACAGGAGGCUAAGCAACCUAGCAAGGGUCUUCCUUGAGGAUUACUGCUCUCCUGUGCAGGUGGAGGAAGCCAGGAACCUGAGCAAACAUACAGCUGUAGGGAUCCCACUCCCAAAGGACUGAUGUUAUGCAGAGCACAUGGAGUAGUUUAAGAUUAUUAUUGCAUGAGAAGAAAUAUUCUUGACUCCAUCUUUAGAGCCCCCUCCACCUGCAGGAUAGGUCAAGAGGCUGGUGAAACUAGAAACUAGUGAAAGACAUUCCUAAAAUUCCACCUCAGUUUGAAAGGGGCAGGUGGGGAGCCAGGACAUGGGUCCAGAAGACAGGAUUAGCAGUUGAACUGCUACAAAACAAAAUUAUGGCUGUUAGAGAGUAGGACAAGCAACUCCUGAACCAUCAUCCAAAUAACCAUUUCUGAUGUUACCAUUUCCAGUGUGGGUGUCAGGUAAUGUAAACCCAACACAAUUCUUUUGCAUCACCUUUGCCCUAGCUGCAGCUAUUGCUGCCAGUCUUCUCAGUUAUAGCUUUGAAAUAUAUUUAAAUUAAUGUCUUUAUUUCUCAGUAGGAAAGAAUGCACCUUCUUCCCCUUACAAUCUGCAGUCUGAUCACAUACCUCAGGACUAAGUAUGAGCCAGCAUCCUCAUACCACGGGCCCCUGGCCAGUUAAUUAGCUCUACUGAUGUUAAAUAUCAAUAGGAAUAAUGUAUUCACCACAACAUAGCUGGUGGGAAAGAUGCAGAUUAAGAUUUUAAAAGGAAUACUAACAGCAGACUGCAGCACAGAAGGACAACCGGUCUUGUAGUAGCUUUUGUAUAACUUACUCUGAAUAAAACAUUAAGUGUAGACAAUUCUGGAUCAGACAUUCACCGAAUACAGCAUUUGCAACCCAAACCUUAGCAGCUCACAUUAAGGCAAGAGAACCAGGAAGUGAAACUAUCUACUUUCAUUAUGCGCCAAGCAGGGGGAAAAGUGGAAGGGUGCUGAACAGCCAAUCUGGUUUAGUAUGCGAGAUUAUUAAAAUGGUUAAACUGUUGAAAACAAGAUUUCCUUUCCUAA